GCCACAUAAACGUAAACACACGCCUACUUGUCGGUAAACCCGGAUGUUAGGAGACGACUCACCGCUGUAUCCGUGGCAUCAGGUGUCUGGAUCUGGUUAGCUGCCUGAGCCAACAAGAUGAUUAGAGCCGGAGGACUUUUGAAACUGGCGGCCUUGAUUUCGGUCUUAUUUCUGGCCGUGUUCUUUGCCUUUGAGCUUUUAGAGAAUAAUAUGAACUUGGGAAACUUGGGAAAAGUGUUCGCACGAUCUGCACCUGUAGAGACAGCCUCCCCCAAACCUCCACGCAACAAAUGCGGCCUUCCUAAACCGUGUCCUGAGGACUAUUUAGCCUUUAAGAUCACCAGCGGAGCAGCAAGUGUAGUCGGCCCUAAAAUCUGUCUUCAGGACAACAUAGUAAUGAGUGGAGUGAGGAACAACAUCGGACGGGGUAUUAACAUCGCUUUGAUCAACGGAAAGAACGGCGAGGUCCUCGGGAUUGAUUCCUUUGACAUGUGGGAUGGAGACGUCAAACUCCUUAUCAAGUUCUUGAAAGCGAUAGAAGAUGGAACCAUAGUUAUGAUGGCAACGUUUGAUGAUCCUGCCUCAAAGUUGAAUGAUGAAGCUAGACAGCUGAUAGCGGAUUUGGGCAGCACGGCCAUCAAUUCUUUGACCUUCAGAGAUAACUGGGUGUUUGUUGGUGGUAAAGGGAUUAAAACGAAGAGCCCCUUUGAACAGCAUAUCAAGAACAAUGGACAGACCAACAAGUAUGAAGGCUGGCCGGAGGUUUUGGAGAUGGAAGGAUGCAUUCCCAUGAAACACGACUAAAAGCAACCUCUCUUCAAAUUGUUUCCCAGAUUUCACCAAAACAACUUUUAUCAGGGUUGUGAAAGCGUGAGAGGUUAUGGAAGGGAUCUUGCUACGCAAAUUGUAAUAUAUAUACAAGUUAAUAUCCUACUGUUUAAAGGUAAAGUUUGUACGAAUUUUGCAGUAAAAUAUAACAAAACCACUAGGCCAAUGUUAUAUAUAUAUUUCAGCUGAGUACUUACAAUGUCUCAAAUGUUUCCAACUGCUUUUAAAUCCUGAGAACCGCGACCGUUAAGUCGCCUGUCAAUGGCGUCAUAUCCGCGUUUCCCUUCGUUACCGCCUUUACUGACGUAGCAACCCCGUGACACUGUCGUAGACAGAUGCGGAAGUAGUUUGUACCGCCGGUCUGUUGAGCAUUAUUGCAAAUGAUGUGGUUACGUUCAAAAUAACUUUUACUAUGAUUGAUUUGAACACUUAGAACUGCGCAGUGUUAUCACAACAUCGAAUUGGACAAUAACUUUAACGUCUAUGACUAACAAUUUAGUUUUAAACCUUAUAUUAAUCGGGUCUAAUUCAUUAUAAUGAAAUAAAAUGAUUUCAUCAAACGGAACAUGUAUUAAACUUUAUUAGUUUACUUCUUCCGCUAACAUGAUUUCUCGUUCCCGUUUUAUUGAUUGAAUACAACAUAUCCCACCAUUCCAGGCUUCUAGACAGCGUCAUCAAGCUACGCGAUUUUUGUUGUUAUGAUCGCGCGCCCUCUAGUGGCGAUUUCUACAAACUGUACCUUUAAAUAGUAAAAUAUAGACUUCAAGUUGAAAAUAUGAAGGUCAUCUUUCUGUAUUUAAACCUUUACAUGUCUGCAUAGUUCAUACGCCUUUUCAUCAAAACAUUUACAUGACUUUUACAGUCAUUUAUCUUAAUCAGAUUUUUAAAGCAUGAACUCACAGAGCAAAUCCUUGGACUUGAAUUAAACUAGUCGAACAGGUCUGGAGAUCACCGAUUGAUUCCAUGAUAAUGGGAAACCUGUUUUAUCUUAUACUGCUAAUGGAAUGCAUACAAAUCUUGUCCAGAGAUUGAAGGUAGUGGAUGUUUUACUCUUAUUUUUUUCUUUGAGUAUGUUGAUUCAAAGAUGUAUGGCUGACAUCUGCUUUUCUCAAACAAUUUCUAUUGCUUGCAGUACAUUAAUUUAUUUUUGCUCUCCUUAAAAAGGGAUUAAUUUUUCUAUUAACAUGUGGAAAAGGGAUUUUUUUUAUUAAUUUAUCAAUCGAUUUGUUUGAAAGGAUUUUUAAAAUCAUGGAUUACUAACUUUGUUACACUUUAUGGCUCCAGUGUGAUGUAGGACUACUGCUUUUACAUUGAUGAAAUUGUAUUUUUAGUGAAUAGUGUUACAGUUAGUGGGUUACUGCAUAUGAAGAUUUCUAUUGAUUCGUCUUUUUUUUACUUUUUGUUAGCUUUCUAGAUUUUGUAGUUAUAAGAGCUGUUGUACAACAGAGGCUGUUUUCAUGCACAUUAAGCAUCACGUUGAUACUAUUUAACCACUUGGCUGUUAUAUUCCAUAUCGUGCCUUCUUGAUAUCAUGUCAGAUUUAUGUCUACCAAAUUCUCCCAGUUGAUGAAGUAUGUGGAAUAUUAAUUUUUCCAAUGUUAUGCACGAUUAACUAUAUACAUUUGGCAGACACUUUUAUCGAAAUACUAUCCAUGCGACUCUGCAUAUCAUGACCAGUCUAUCUUUUUAGAAAACCCAUGUGCCUUAUUUGUGAUUAAAUAAUACUAGAAAUGUAUCCACACCAAUUUUGUGUGCAAUUUAAAUCGGCUCUUUUUAUUACGAUUUAAAUUAUUUUAAAUUGAGGUAAAUCUUUUGUUGUGUGAUACAGUUUCCAAUACUCAUUCCUGAUGUCUCAAAAUUAUUUUGUAAAGAGUUUUCUUAUUAAAAUGAACCCGAGCAAAGGUUUGCGUUCUGA